UUCCCAUGAUUCUUUUUCGUCUGGCUUCAGGAGAAGGCAGAUGGCGGCGACUAAUAGAGCAGGGCUCCUCCGCUUUUGAUACAUUAGCAAUUAAAACUUUGAUCAUUUGGUUGAUUUAAUGGUUCAGGUGGAUGAACGACGGAGGAUUCGCCGUCAGACUAAAGACUAUUCGAGUCAAGCUGGUUCACUACAACUGAGGCUGCCAUGAAUGCUCAGUCUAGUUAGCAUGGCCACCGAUGACGGCGGAUAAACAAUUUUCCUGGAACGGUUUUUGCCUGGACCUUUUAUGCUGUGUGGCCUUGGCUGAUCUUUAUACUACCGGGUUUCCCAACCCAUGGACUCGACUUCAGCAUCAGACUUCAAAAGGAGGUCAUCACCCUCCUCUUCCCCAGUUGAGGUUGGAGAAACCGCCAGGAGCCCUCCUCCCUGCUCAGCCUUCUCGUCUCCGUCACCUCCUUCUUCUGAGCCGUCUUCACCGUUGUCUUCACCAUUAUCUUCAUCGCCCUCUCUUUGUGCCAAUACCUCAGUGUAUAAAAACAAUGUAACACAUUUGAGUGAGGUGGCCAGGGUUUCUUCUACUUCCACACAACCUCUUGCCACAUCUAUGUCCAAUAACGCCUCAGUACAGCGCUUUCCUCACAUGGCAAUGCAGGCGAGCAAUAGCUGUGAAGAAGAUGAUGGGAAAAGAGGGAUAUACAAUCCUUACAGUCCAACUGAUGUAGAGAAAGAGAGUUAUCUGAUGGGAGAGGAGAGGCAUGGGGAGAAAUAUGACCCUUUUGAUCCAACUGGCUCUCCACAGUCAAAUGUGGAUGAUGGGCUUGACAGAGAUGAGGUCUUAGAGAAAAUUGCUGAAAUAAAUAAGAAAGAUGAAGAACCUCCAGAUUCCACAGAGAUUUUGAUGGAUCCACUGAGCCCCAGUCUGACCAGCCAACAGCAUCUGAGGAGGAGAGUGAAAAGUAGCAGCUUCAAAGCCCGGGGGCAAAGAGAAGGCAUUGACUCAGAGCAUUCUGAGAUAGAGGAGGGAGAGAUAGUUGGAGUUGCUGACAGAGAUGGAGCUAAAAAGAGGCCCUCAGAGGAACCCCUUCCUCUGAAUUCUCCCAAUAUUUCAUUCUUUGGUUCGAAACCAGAGCGCAUUUUGCGCGUGCUGGAUGGAGAUGGGUUUGUGUCUGUGUGUACAGAGGGAAACUGGGAAGAUGACAGGGAGCUUGAAGAUGAGCCUGCUAUCGCAGUGGAGGAUUUGAGAAGGAAGUUGGUCAGCAGGAGGAAGGAAAGAUAUCUGUCCUUUCCUGCCUCUUCCCCUCUGUCUUCUCAGCCACCACUGCCUCCUUCCCUUCCUCAAGCUUCCAUGUCUGCCUCUCCUGCCACGCCCCCGGUAGAGCAAACAAGCAAGAAUCGCAAGUGCUCCAAAAGUUCUAAUGAUUGCGACAGGCAAAAAAGCAAAGAAAGAAAGCCAGCGGAAAAGGUGGUCAAAAGGAAAAAGAGGAAGAAGGGAAAAGAGGAGGGUUGCGAGAAGAGCAAAGAGAAAGAACGAGGACAAAAGGAUUUAAAGGAGGUUAAAACAAGGGGGAGCAGUAGAAGCAGCAGUCAGAAAGGAAAGAAGAGGCGACAUGGCAGCCCUGCAGUCUCCCAUCACUCUUCAAGAAAAGAGAUGCAUUCUCGACGCUCUUUUUCAAGUCUGUCUGAAGAAAGACACAGGGAAAGGGAAAAAGAGAAAGACAGGGGCAGAAAAAUUCAUCGAGACAGAGAAAGGGAUAGAGGCAGAGAUAAGGACAGAGACAGGCAUCAUAAUCACAGCAACAGUCACCGGAAAGAUGAGAGAGUACGAGAUUCUAAUUCUAGAAAGAGGGAAAGGGAAAAGAAGGGCAAACUGCACUCAAGCAGCAGAGAGCGGGGCCUUCCAAAGAAGCGUAAGAGCAGUAGGGAGGAGAGGGAAAGUAAUAGAGACAGGCAGCAUGAAAGGGAACAUCGACGGGAUGGUCGCCCUGUUGUCCCGCCAUCAAUUCAAGACCUCAAUGGUUCUGACCUCUUUGCUAUUAAACGAACCAUUACAGUGACAACCACCACUACCACCACCACAGUCCCAGGCUCGCCAAGACUUGCAGCAGCGUCUCCUUGCCAUCCCACGGAGGAGAGGAAAAGAAGAAAAUGGCAAUCAAAUGAAGACACAGAGGAACGGGAAGGUGUUUGUGGCCGCUCACGGUCAUGCUCCCCACCGAGGUAUCAUGGCUAUGAGUCAGAUCACUACUCUGACAAAUUGGAAAUUGAUAUGUUGUCUUUAGAUGGAGAAGCUUUGGACUCGGAUUACCCAUCUUUGGAGGAUACACCUCCUGCUGCUCUGCCUUUAGAACCACCCAUCCCAAGCCCUAAAGCAAAACCUUCUCCUAAAGCCAGACAAAGUCAUUCAAAAAAGAAGUCUCACACAAUAAAGAAGUUAGAUUCCCCUUCCUCUUCUAAUAAAACAACAGGGAAAUGCCUGUCCUCACUGACAGUGACUUCAGGUCCUACCUCCAUCACUCCUGGUCUCACAUCAGCAAAGAGAGCCAGAAAAGUAGGGAAGGAUAAAGUACGGGACAAAAGCAGCAGAAAAGAUUUAAUAAGUUCUGGGAAAUCCAAGAAAGAGAGCAGCAGCAGUCGGAAAGGCAAACUUCAGUCCAAAGUGUCGGUCUUGGUGCGAGAGGGAGUGAGCAGUACCACUGGAGCUUCUGUUGGUUCUGGAAAAUUAAGCAUGGAUCUCUUGGGCCCAGGGGGUACAGGAGCGGGAGCAGGGGGUUCAGUGGUUGGAGGCUCUAUUGCUGUAGUCUUUUGUAGAGACAAUGAAAGCAGGUCUCCAUUCCUGAAGCCUUGCUCAGAGCCCCUGUCAUUAGGUGGCCGAGGUAAAGAUCUAGCUGGUAUGGGAAAACGAAGCAGCCUGUCGGGGCCGCCAUCAUCCUUAGCCAGCCCUGCUGGACUGAAAUCCAAAAAAACAAAACCAAGCUCCAUCACAUCUACUUCUUCUUCUGCAUCCUCCCCCUCAUCAUCUCUGGCAACCAAGCGUCGCCGCCGCUUAGCUAAGAAAAACAGUAAAAAAGCUGGAACAGCUGGUAUGGUUGCUGGUGAAAGGAACCAAAAAAAAUCCACAUUAGAAGGCUGGACUGUAUCCUCCUUUGAUGCUCCAUCAGCUGUUGGAGAGGGGAGUAAAUUAGUCGGUCCACAUACAGGUCAAGCUGGCCCUCCGCCUUGCUCCUCAUCCUCCUCUUCUACAUCCUCCUCCACCAGUGUUCUCCCACCCUCCUCCUCUCCACCACACACACCGCCUCCAUCGAAUGCUCCCUUGCGGGACACCAGAGAGUCUUCCCCUGACUCUCAAACUGUGGACAGUAGUUGUAAGACACCAGAGCCCGCUUUUCUAGUUGAGGACUGCCCAAAUCAGAAUAGCCCUUCUCCCCCAGCUUCCAGUCCAUCGAGCCUGUCUACUUCCCAGGGAGCUGGCCUUGGAAGUACCCUGUCAACACAGACUGUAAAGCCUCCCCCUCCAGAAGACGUGUCAAAAUCUUUGACCUCGCCUCCUUGCUCAUCUUCAUCAGCAGGCCUCACCUCCCUUUCGCUGUCGCUCUCUUCCACUGACCCCUCCUCUUCGUCCUCAGUAUCCUCCUCUUCUGCCAGUAAGCUGCCACCACCACCUCCUCCACCUCCACCAGCAGCAACUACUCUGCCCUGGAGUCUUCAGACAGGAGUGGACUGUACAACUGGAGGUGUUUUAGCAUUGACGGCUCUACUCUUCAAAAUGGAGGAGGCCAAUAUUGCCAGCAGGGCGAAAGCACAGGAGUUCAUUCAAGCAACCAGUCAGAUUCUGUCCCAUUCCAACCAGAACCAAUCCCAGCAUCACGUUCCUCCUUCCUCAACUUCCUCAUCUGCCCAAAUCCCUCCACCUCCCACCGUGCCUCCACCAGCCGGUCUGAGCCCAGCCCAGUUCAUUCUCCACAGCUCUCUCCCUUUGGUGGGAUGCACCAAAACGCCCCCAUCUCACCUGCACCCCUCCCUAGGAGGUGGAUGUGCACAGACCCCACCGCCGAUGCUACCUGUGGGGCUGUCAGGAGUGACAGGGAGCUCUGGUGAAGCCAGAUGGGAAAAUGAGAACAAAGAUUCAGAUAAGUAUCUGAAGAAGCUGCACACCCAAGAGCGGGCAGUGGAGGAGGUGAAGCUUGCCAUCAAACCUUACUACCAGCGCAAAGACAUCAAUAAGGAAGAGUAUAAAGACAUCCUCAGAAAGGCUGUGCAUAAGAUUUGCCAUAGCCGUACUGGAGAAAUCAACCCAGUAAAAGUCAGCAACCUAGUAAAACUGUACGUUCAGCGCUACAAAUAUUUUCGGAAACACGGACGCAAAAUGGAUGAAGAAGAGCGAGAAGACAGGGAGCAGGGAACACUGCAUUCCUCUGCCUGAGAGAAGUCUGUUUCUAACAACCAUCCAGCUCAGUGUCUGAGCACUACUGUGACUGGUUUCAUUUAUUUUAUUAUUGUUUUGGAAACUUUGUCUACACAUUUAUGCCACCUGUUCUCUUAUUUCUAUGUUCUAUGUAAAGAUGACUCAUCCUGAUCAUGAAUGAAGUGUUCCUGGAAGUGAAUUCUGCUGACUGUGAUUAGCUGCAGUCCAGCACUUCUAUGAAAGUUACAUUUUGUUGCCUCUAUCUGUUGGAGGAGAUGUUCUGGCUUUUUAAUAGAGAAGGGAGAUGUUCCACCACUCUGUUCCACUCACCAAUAAUCAGUUGGAAAAUGCUCAAGGACACACCUCACACAGACACUAUCACAUCUCUCUGAACUGGACACUUCAGAUCCAUUGUAUUGUCUGACUUCUUUUUAUUCUAUGUAUUGUGUGCAUGUGGUUCAGAAGUUGAGGAAAAUCACUAAAUGUCUUUAUAAAAUAACUUGGAUUCCCAAAUAUAAACAUUGCUUGAAAAUUG